AUGAGCUUGGGAGGAUCUGCAACAGAACAGGAUGGGGUAUUAGUCGGCAAAUUAUUCGGAUCAGUUGGCAUGAUAUGGAAAGCUGAUGAGAAGCUGUUUGAUGCUGUUCUUGGAGCAGCUUCCAUGGCUGUUCAGUCCGGGAAGCACCCCGGUCAGCUGAAAGACGAUGUUACAUCUCCCGGUGGGACGACAAUCGCCGGCAUCCACGAGUUAGAGAAGAACGGCUUCCGGGGAACAUUGAUGAACGCGGUAGUGGCUGCCGCUAAGCGUAGCCAAGAACUUUCCCAAGAGUUGAAAAGACUCCGACCUAUCAAAAUAAAGCACGUCUCAUGA